CAAACAGUUUCUGGGUGAGCACUGGGAGCUGCGCUGUGAGUAGGCUAUUAGCACACAGACUCUUAGGAGAUUGCUACAGCUUCACCUGGCACGUGUGCACAUCACUAUCCCUCUAAAGACGGGACGCUUUAGCAGAUCGGGGCGGGCCGUGACAAAGGUCCGGGGGAGGGUUAAAGAGGAGGAGGUAGUGUGAUAGGACUCAAACUCUUCAGACCGUAGAAGAGAGCGGCCGGACACAUCCACUGAGGGAAAGACAGCAGUGUCCUAAAACUCUGAAGUGAGGGGAAACUAAGAGCUGAAGAGGCUUGGUUAGUAUUUCAGACCGCGCUGUCCUCCAGCCGUCAGCAGUGUGCGUGUGUCAGACCAUGGCACCGCAGGUCAUCAGCUCACCCUUCCUGAAGCCGUUCUUUCUCAAGACACCGCUAAGUGUUGCCAGUCCUCGACACCAGCGACGACACACUUUACCUGCCAGCGAGUUUCGAAAUCUCACCCCACAGGACGCCAUUAGUGUGUUUGAGAUAGAGAGAGAAGCGUUUAUCUCUGUUUCCGGUGAAUGUCCACUCACCCUUGAUGAGGUGCUUAGUUUCCUGGGCCAGUGUCCUGAGCUCUCGAUGGGAUGGUUUGAAGAGGGUCAGCUGGUGGCCUUCAUCAUUGGAUCUGGCUGGGACAAAGAGAAACUAGAACAGGAAGCGAUGAGAAAACACGUCCCAGACUCUCCCACGGUUCACAUCCACGUGUUGUCUGUGCACCGCCAAUGUCGACAGCAGGGGAAAGGCUCCAUCGUGCUUUGGCGAUAUCUGCAGUACCUGCGCUGUCUCCCCGGGCUCCGCCGGGCCCUGCUGGUCUGUGAGGAGUUCCUGGUUCCCUUCUACCAGAAGGCUGGCUUUAAGGCGAAGGGGCCCUCAGCCGUCACUGUGGGUGCUUUGACCUUCACAGAGAUGGAGUAUCAGCUCGGAGGCCUGGCUUAUGCACGACGAAACAGCGGUUGUUAGUUUCUUUAGCUCAUUCAAUCCUGAUUCAGGACACCAUGCGUAGAUUCUGGACAGCUGUCGGCAAUCACUGGCUCAAAGCCCUACUUCCACCUGAGCAAGAACCAGAGACUUACCUAUGCACUCCUUUUAAAGAGAUUGAAGCCGUUUGGGGUAUUUGAAGGUUAAAGCUGUCGGCUGUUUUUUCUCAUGUACUGCCCAAUAUAUACUGCACACUUUACUGGUCAAAAAACAGUGGUUGUAUUUAAUAAUUAUUUUUUUUGGAAAACCAUAUUCACCAUAUUCAUAAAUAAAUAAACUAUUGGUUUGAUCAAUUAAAAAACAUAAUCUUUAAUUUUAAUAACAUUUAACAUUAACAUUAUUCUGGUAAAAAGAAAGCCAUUCAAAUUGUUAGGUCGGAAAAAUAAUAAAAUAAUUAUUUAAAAUCUGAGAAUUUUAUUUUUCAUAAUUGUUCCCAACACUUUAGAUUGCAAGUGCAUAAUAAAAUAUUGAUUAUAUUUUUGUAGAAUAAAAUUGUCCUUAUAUAUUACUGCAUUUGUCACAAUCUGCUUUGGGAAUGCCACUAUGUAUACAGUGUAUGAACUGAUGUAAACUUUAAUUAGAGUGUCCAUAAACGUUCUCUGUGGCAUUAGUCAUACUAUCAUGUGUAUCUAAUCAAUAAAAAUACAAAUCUAACAACAAAGC